CAGCGCCGGACUGAAGCUGAAGGAGCGCUGUGGUCUCCAUAGUUCAGGUUCACAGGAUCUCUGGAGGCACGGAGACUCCUCAGCCCAGUCCACUCAGGUUGAUAACUGCAGCAGCCCUGCUACAGUCUGCUCCAAUACGCCCGAAUGGAGAUGCCACCAACCCCGACACCAUGCACCUCUGAAAGCUUCAACACACCGUCUUCUGUCUAGCCUGAGAGGGGAAAUAAAGUCUACAAGACCACUUUCCUUGUUUAGCUGAGGUUGACCGGGCUUCCAAGGAUUUUUUUCCUCCUCUUCUUUUUCGGAAAGCCCGUGCUCUCUUUCUCCUUCCGCCUCUCGCAGUCCGCGGCUCGAUUUCUGACUUUUUUUUCCUUGGAAAGAAGGCGCUGCUGUUUCCCCGAGUCUUCCUGCUCUCCCAGCACCCAUGAAUUCAGAUAAACAUGUGUACCUCGGCAGAGACAAAGGCAUCAUGCGGAAGCGAGCCUUGCUCCUUCGUAAAGGUUGCAGCUUCGAGAUUACCAGCUCUGCCUCGGAGGACUUGGGCUGUAGGCGUGGAGACUUCAGCAGGAAACACUAUGGUUCGGUCGAGCUGCUAAUUUCCAGUGACGCAGAUGGGGCCAUUCAGAGGGCAGGACGCUUCAGGGUGGAGAAUGGCUCAUCAGAUGAGACUUUGGACUACACUCCAGGAACCUGGAGGAGAACCGAUGUCCAUCUGGAGAAUCCAGAGUACCACACCAGAUGGUUCUUUAAAUACUUCCUGGGAAAAGUCCACCAGAACUAUGUGGGUACAGAUGCAGAGAAGAAUCCCUUCUACCUGUCAGUCGUCCUCUCAGACCAGAACAACCAGCGAGUUCCUCAGUACAGAGCCAUCCUCUGGAGAAAGACGGGCACUCUGAAGAUCAGCCUCCCCUACAGCCCAACCAAAACACUAUCAGUCAAGUCCAUCCUAAGUGCAAUGAACAUGGACAGGUUUGAGAAAGGCCCCAGGGAGAUCCUCAACCCGGAGAUUCAGAAGGAUCUGCUGGUGUUGGAGGAACAGGAGGGUUCUGUCAACUUUAAAUUUGGUGUCCUGUAUGCCAAAGAUGGACAGCUCACAGAUGACGAGAUGUUUAGCAAUGAGACGGGGAGUGAAAGCUUUGAUAAGUUUCUCAGUCUGCUGGGUGAUUCCAUUACGCUGCAGGGAUGGGCAGGUUACCGCGGAGGGUUAGACACCAAGAAUGACACUACAGGAAUUAAGUCCAUCUACACAGUGUAUCAGGGCCAUGAGCUGAUGUUCCAUGUGUCCACCAUGUUACCCUACUCUAAAGAGAACAAACAGCAGGUGGAGAGAAAGAGACAUAUUGGAAAUGACAUUGUUACCAUAGUUUUCCAGGAAGGGGAUGACGCGUCAUCGUCCUUCAAACCGUCAAUGAUCCGAUCGCACUUCACCCAUAUUUUUGCAUUAGUUAGGUAUAAUAGCCAGAAUGACAGUUACAGGUUGAAGAUAUUCUCAGAGGAGAGUGUUCCACUGUUUGGACCCCCUCUCCCUUCUCCACCUGUAUUUACUGAUCACCAAGAAUUCAGGGACUUUUUAUUAGUCAAAUUAAUCAAUGGAGAGAAAGCCACACUGGAGACGCCAACAUUUGCCCAGAAGCGCCAGCGGACCCUUGACAUGUUGAUCCGCUCGCUCUACCAAGACCUCAUGCCUGACCUGUACAAGAACAUGUUGAACCGGCGGUCCUUCAGCGACGUGCUGCCUGAGUCUCCAAAGUCGGCACGCAAGAAGGAGGAGGCACGGCAAGCCGAAUUUGUCAGAAUAGGCCAGGCUCUGAAGCUGAAGACUAUUGUGAGAGGAGAUGCCCCAACUAGCCUUGUUACCACAGGCCUGUGCAGAAAAGAGCCAUGGGAGUCCCAGUCAUUCUGCAGCACUUUCCCCUAUGAGAUCGUGUGUGCUGACUCCUGGGGUCAGUCUCUGCUCGUUGCCACUGACGCAGCGGGGGUUAUGCUUCUGGAUGGCCCUGAUCCAGCUUUGCCCAACGCUGAGGCACAGGCUCUGCCCCCCGUGCAGGUGUUUGACAAAACCAUCGUCUUGAAGCAGAUGCACGUUCUCGAACCUCAGGACCUGCUUAUCACCAGGGCUGACAAAGGGAAGGAUGCUCGGAUCUAUGUGUUCAGACUUGGCACGCUCAAGAAAGGCCUGGAGGAGAAGCAGCUCGUCAGAAGCAAGUGCGACAGUCGAGAGAAUAAACUAGAGAAAACUAAAGGCUGUCAUUUGUACUCUAUCAACACCCACCACGGCUCCGAGCUGAGGAUAGUAGCAGCCAUCAGGAACAAACUCCUCCUCAUCACCAGGAAACAUCCACGUUUUGAAGGCUUCAGCGCUGUCGCCACGGGGCCAGACUCACCGGUGGAGGAGUUUCAGUACAUACGGGAGAUCUGUCUGUGUGACCCACCGGUGGUGAUGGCGCUGGUGGACGGGCCGACGGGGGAAAAUGACAAUAUGAUCUGUGUUGCCUACAAACAUCAGUUUGACCUGAUCAAUGAGAGCACUGGAGAUGCCUAUCGGCUACAUCAUGUAGACGCCAACAGGGUAAAUUUUGUAGCAGCCAUUGAUGUGUACGAAGAUGGGGAGGCGGGUCUGCUGUUGUGUUACAACUAUAUUUGUUCAUAUAAGAAAGUUUGUCCGUUUAACGGCUCCACACCGAUGAUCCAGUCCAACACCUCUGACUUCCACUUCAGCUGGAACCAGAUGCCCAAUGCUAUUGUUUGUGCAUUUCCUUACAUCCUGGCCUUCACUACGGACUCCAUUGAGAUCCGACUGGUGGUCAAUGGCAACCUUGUGUACACAGCCGUGGUCCCGGAGCUACAGCUGGCUGCUUCACGGUCGGACAUCUAUUUUGUUUCGUCGGCUCCAGUGAGCUCAGCCUCCAACUGCAGUUCGAGAGACACCAGUUCCCAGAGUUCCCCGCAGACGCCCACUGGUUACGAGAUGCCCAUGUUCCCCUCGCCACUCGGUGAUGGUGAAUCAGCAUGUAAGCACAUGUUCAAGAUCCCUCUGUGUAACUUGGUGGGCCGAAGCAUUGAAAGACCCCUCAAGUCCCUGGUCAACAAGGUGCUGACGACGCCAGCCCCCACCAUGGUGCCCUCAACUCCCCUCAUCUCUGCUACACACUCACUUUCACUGUCCCGUAUGGAAAUCAAAGAGAUAGCCAGCCGCACAAGGAAGGAGCUGCUCGGUUUAACUGAGGAACCAAGUGGAAAGUCAGACAGUGGUACAGUCAAACAGAGGAAGAUGAGCAAGAAGAACACUGAGGAAGAGCCCAAAGCCCGAGCACUUACGUCAACAAACAGUGACAGGUUAGCCUCAGAGUCUGUUGAAACAGACCUGGACGUCCAGCUGCAUUGUUCGUCCAGUUCGGAGGCCGAGCCAGAGAAGGUUGUCCUGCGAGCGGAGAGCCCGCCUCUUGCCAGCGCGUUCGCCCUCUCCACAUCCUUUGAAGAAGAUGUCCUGGACCUAAAGUGAAGACAAUCCCAUCGUGCACUUCUCUGCCCACCCACUCCUGUACUGUCACCAUUAUUUUAUUGUUUUUUUAUUUAGUUUUGGUUGGUUUGCUUUUAAUUUGUUGUUUGUUGAAUUGUUUUUUCUUGUCUUUUUUUGUUUGUUUGUUUAUAUCCCUGUAUCUUGGGUCUCCCCAUUCAUUGGACAAGAUGGGUGCAGUGGGAGUUAGAAGAUGUGUCUGUGUACGUGUUUGUUUUCACAAGCAGUCCCUCAGCCACUGUGUCUUGGGUGUUUGUGUUGCCCCGCAGCAAAUAACCCAAAGAGGCCAUGAGGUUGUGUAAGAUGCCGUGGUUUAUUCAGAGUUCUGCAACAGCCUUGAGAUAAUGUUAACGGUUUGAUCCCAAACCACAAACUGAAUGUAAAUCUGCGCACGAGGCACGACAAAAAUCUCAUUCACAAUGCCCUCUGAAGUUGGUAGAGCUUAAUAUGUGUUGUAUAUUAUGUGAUUAUUUCCAACCCACUUUGAAUUGCUGUAUGAUAUGCAUAUGUAUGUGUACAUCUGUUUAUACAUGAAAAUGCAUACACGGUGAUGGGCGUGUAUGCCUGUCUUGCCUGUGAUGCAUAUUUAUAGAUAUAUUAUAAAAAUUAAUUUUAUUCCCAGAUUUAGUAAAAGUAUGAUGUUUUAUGCUCUCUGCACAUAUUAGUCCUUAUUCCUCUCCCUAUUCACAGUAUACAGGUAGACAGGGCUGGAGGCUGGAAGUCUCCCACAAGUGCCAUUUCCCAGCAUCCUCCACUGAACUACACCUCUAACAGCACUAUACUCUGGUGUCUGACAGUAGCAGCCAUGAUUGUAAUCCACAUUAGAUUACAAUGUUGGCCCACAGCUCCAUUCAACUCCAUUUUGAAUAAAUUCACUUAAGGGAGGCACUCUCUCAAAGCCACAUGCAUUCAACAUUUUAUGAGCCGACCUUAAGUCUGCAUGACCUGCCUUUGCUACGGGUGCUCUGUCGUUUGUGGCAAAAAAAUAAUGCUUCUUUGGAAACCACAAGGUCUACAACAUCAUACCAAACAUAGCUGCAAAAGGAAAACCACAACCUGAGAUGAAAGAUAGUGUUGAUGUUAAAAGGACAAACACCUUUUUUUACUAGACUGUCAUGUUUGAUGGCCAGAGGUACAGCAGAUGGUACAGCAAGGGAAUUAUCGACAAAACCACAAAUUUUUGAUAAUAUUGUCUUAAACUUAAAUGAUAAAAGCUGAUUUUUUUUUUUUUUUUUUUCAAAAAAUGAGCUAAAAUUAUCUUGAAUACUAAUUACACUAAAAUAAACUUAAGUGUGAAAUAU